UGCGCGGGGAAGGGCGCGCGGCGGCACCGGCGGCCGCCAUGGCGGUGGACAUCACCCUGCUCUUCAAGGCCAGCGUGAAGACCGUGAAGACCCGCAACAAGGCGCUGGGGGUGGCGACGGCGGGGGACAGCGCCAGGGACGAGCUGCUCAAGCGGGGCACCGCCCGCUCCAAAAGCGACUUCACCAGCAGGGCGCGGGAGGUGAUUUCUCAUAUUGGAAAGCUGAAAGAUUUUCUUCUACAACACAGAAAGGAUUACAUUAAUGCUUACAGCCAUAUUAUGUCUGAUUAUGUGAGGAUGACGGAUACAGAGCGUGACCAGAUAGAUCAAGAUGCCCAGGUGUUCAUGAGAACGUGUGCUGAUGCCAUUCAUCAGCUCAGAACAGAAGCACACAAGGGUGUCCAGUCUGCUCAGGUGAAGGAGCACAGAACAGCUGUCUUGGACUUCAUUGAAGAUUACUUAAAAAGAGUGUGCAAGCUGUAUUCUGAACAAAGAGCCAUCCGAGUUAAGCGAGUGGUAGAUAAGAAAAGACUGUCCAAACUUGAACCUGAGCAGAGCAAUGUGUCCAAAUCACCUCUUUCCCCUGAAAAAUCUUCACAGAGUCCUUCAGAGGAUUCUGAAGAAAAACUUUCUGCAGAGGAAAGCAAGGACAGAAAUCUGCCCGAUGCCCAAAGUAACCUUGGAUUAUGGGGGGAUGGCAGAGGUGAAGAUGAGCUGUCCCCUGAAGAAAUACAAAUGUUUGAACAGGAGAACCAGAGACUUGUUGGUGAAAUGAACAAUCUCUUCGAUGAAGUCAGACAAAUUGAAGGAAAAGUGGUGGAAAUUUCCAGAUUACAAGAGAUAUUCACAGAGAAAGUCUUGCAACAGGAAACUGAUAUUGACAAUAUCCAUCAAUUAGUUGUGGGUGCAACAGAGAAUAUAAAAGAAGGCAAUGAAGACAUAAGAGAGGCCAUCAAAAACAAUGCUGGAUUUAGAGUAUGGAUCCUCUUCUUCCUUGUGAUGUGUUCAUUCUCCUUGCUUUUCCUGGACUGGUAUGAUAAUUAAUUAAACAUACUAUUGGCUCCAUA